UCUGCCAUUCUUCCAUGACGGAUAUAGUCGUCAAACACACUUAACUGGUUAAAGAUUUACCCAAUCGAAAUUCAAUAUUAUUAUAGAAGGUUCUACAUAAUAUAAUAAUUAUCGUUAAAAUUAAUCAUAAUAUGUAAUAUAAAAUAGCGAGAUCGCAUUUCCUACAGAGACUAAAGAUCAACACAACGUUGUAUUACCGUUAUUUCCAAGUCAAUCCCCACUUGUUCGUUGUAGUCCUGUCGAUGAUAUCAAAAGUAAGCAGAGUAUUUUACGAUUCGGUGAAACGCAAGGAACUAAUGAGUGUAUCGCUCAAGAAAUACACGUCAAUAGUUCAUUUAUUUAUCUUUUUUGUUUUUCUUCUUAAGUAUAACCAACAUUUAUUCUCAUAUUAAAAUAAAAACACAUAUACAUAAACAGAAGUAUGGAUUGUAAAAAAGGAUCUGUGUUGUCUCUUGAACAGGGACUAAUUAAAGGUGUCAUAGAAGAAAAUAUUAACAGUAAAGAAGAAUAUUUUGCUUAUCGAGGAAUACCUUACGCGAAACCGCCGAUCGGUAAACUUAGAUUUAAAGAUUCGUUAUCACCUGAAAAAUGGAUUGGAAUAAGGGAUGGUUCGAAGUUUGGUAACGUGUGUGCUCAAAUAGACAGAGUGUCAAAUGAAGUGAUAGGAAGCGAUGAUUGUCUCUAUUUAAACGUUUAUACACCGCGGAAUGAGUUGUCUGCGAAACUGGCAGUAAUGGUAUGGAUCCAUGGUGGUUGUUUCUAUAUGGGAUCAGGAAACGAUGAUAUGUACAAGCCAGAUUAUAUCAUUCGAAAGGACAUAAUCCUUGUCACGAUCAAUUACCGACUUGGUAUUUUAGGAUUCCUCAAUUUGGAGGAUGAAGUUGCAUCGGGUAAUCAAGGCCUGAAGGACAUAGUAAUGGCAUUACGUUGGGUUAGAAAUAAUAUCGCAGUAUUUGGUGGAGAUCCUGAGAACGUGACUAUAUUUGGUGGAAGUUCUGGUGCAGCAAUGGUUCAUUACCUAACGAUGUCACCAUUGGCGGAUGGAUUAUUUCACAAGGCUAUAGCGCAAAGCGGCUUAGCUACCAACUUUUGGGCUUCAAUACUCGUGGAACCCAGGAAAUACGUUUAUCAGUUAUCCAAUAUGUUAGGUUUCAAGUCUUUCGAUCCCAAAGCUAUCGUUGAUUUUCUUCAAGAAAUUGACUUGGAAAAACUCAUUAAAUAUCAAUCUAAAAUCAUAUCUUCCACGGGAAAAAAUUCAGUCUUUUCGGCCUUUCUACCAGGACUGGACAACAAAUCAAAAAAUCCAUUUUUAAUACUACCAUCGACGAUAUCUAUGAAAUUUGGCGUUAGAGUCCCCUUUAUGUUUGGUUUUAAUGAUACGGAAGCAUCUUUUUUUUUCGGCAAUAGCAAUUUAGCUAGUAGGAUCGUCAAAAGAAUAGAUAAUUCAAUCUGCGAUUUCGAAGAUUUUCUAUCACCUACUUUUUUGAAUAAACUGAAAGAAAAAACUCUAACUGUUAAUGAAUUCAAAAGCUUGUAUUUCUGUAACAAAUCGUUAAAUGAUGAGCCAACCAAAAAUUUACUACACUUUUUAAACGAUUAUUAUUUUUUACAUCAUAUUUUCGAAUUGGCAAAAAUCUUGUCGAUUGUUAACAAGUGUCCCUCAUAUUUGUAUAAAUUUUCUUACGACUCCGAGGAACGGUCUUUCAUGAAAACUAUUAUGAAUAUCGACAUACCAGGAGCCACUCAUGGGGACGAACUGAAUUAUUUGUUCUAUGGAACACAUUACUACGCAUUAGAUUUGAAACCCCAUCGUCCUGGUACAUCUAGCUAUAAAGUAAUGGAUUGUGUUACACAGUUAUGGACUGAUUUUGCUAAAACUGGAAAUCCAACAUCAAAAACUACAGAGCUUAUUCCGAUUUUGUGGAAACCUUUGGAAAAAAAUCCAGACAUGUACAAUUACCUUAAUAUAAAUGAACAAGUACAAAUGGAAAGUAUUCCAAAAGGUGUACAACGAUUCGAGUGGAAUCCAGAGACGAAAAAUAAAUUAUAAUUUAAAUAACAAUAAAUAUUGUAAACAGGGAAAUGUAAUUUCAUGGAAUAUCGAAAAGUUCAAUUAGAAUAUUAGACUCCCAAAUUGUGUAAAGAGUUGCGAUAGUAUUAUAAUAUAGCUGGUAGUAGUACUAUGUAUUUAUUUGAAGAAUGCAACGACCAUAAAUCGAACACGAAAUCAUAUACUUUAUAUAAUCAUUUAUAUAGAUUAUAUAAAAUUGAUGAAGCGAGCUGAAAGAAAAACAAAGGUUUUGGACUUGUUUGAAAAGAUAAGGAGAAACAAGAUAAAGGCAAGGAUAUCGGUAUCGGAUUGAUUAAUUCAUAAAGGACCGCCGACCUCGUACACUACAUAUCUACAAGUGCAUUCUUCAAAAAUACAAAUGUUAUUAUAGGAAUAAGGAAAGAGAGAGAUUUUCCGUGGACAUUUCUACGAAUAUCUGUCUAUAAUAAAAUAAAAAAUGUUGAUCGUUAAGUUAUUGACGUUCAGUUUUUGAAACUUUAUUGUUUUUCCGGUUUCUUUACAAUGACCUCAUCAUUCCUGCUUUUCUAUUGUUUCAGUAAUGUAAGCAAUGUGUUAUUGUUUAAAACAGUACCAAUAGUCUACAGUGUCACUGUAACCUUUAUGUUUAAUUACCAUUUCAAUCAUAUUAUAUCAUACCAAUCAAUACAUAUUAUCUUUUUUACAGAGUCAUACCGUUCGAAAAUUGCGCCCCUCAGACUAGAUAGCAGCACCUCUCGGCUACCAUGAUUAAGACGCCGACUGUUAUCGUUGAGAAGAAGACAUAUCGAUUGUUUUUAUUGAUCAAGGGAUCACGCAACUUAACGUGUCAAUAGGUCAUUGGUCCCCUGUGACGUCAUCCUCUGCGUGU